UCAAAGAGUGUUUUUCCCAGAGCUCUUUUUCAGGUUUGGAUCUUCGUAAUAUUCGCUGUUGCUCUUGCCUAUUGCAUCCUUGUGGACAAAUGGAGCUGGCGGCAGAAGCUUCUGUGGUGAUAGAGAAACUCAAGGAUACACUCUCUGACGAGAUAACGAACAAAAGGGUGAUAGAGAAAGCUUUAGAAGAAAUGCAAGGCGACAUUGCUGACACAAACGAGGAGGAAAGAAAUAGCGAAGAAUUCAAGGAGUGGGCUGAAAGGUGUCUGCAUAGUCUGUACUAUGUUGAGGACACUGUUGAGUCUUUUGCCCUUGACAUCGCCCGUCAGAACAAGAAAUGGAGCUUCCUUAUGAAUCACUCUCAGGUUCUCAAGAACUUCAUGGCUUGCAAGCUGACAAAGAAGAUGGAGAGAAUCCCUUCAGACAUUAAACGGGUGAUCAAUAAAAAUCACAAAGGUACUGGUGAACAGAGAGCGUGUAGCAGUGGGACAACCACCUAUAUGGGUAAUCAGAAUGGUGGGGAAGCUGAAGAUGGAGAUAUUGAAGAUCACAACGGUGAAGAUUCUGCAAAAGUCAGACUAAUAAGUCCAAAGGCAGAAUGUAGUUAUCCUAUGAUCCCAGAGAGAGAGAAACUAGUCCUGGAGGUAGAUAGAAAACCUCUGAGGUGCAUCAGUGAUGUGCCUUUGAGGUUAGACUCUGAAAAAAAAGCAAAACUCAUGUCUACAAAUAUACCUCUGAGGUGCAUCAGCGACAAGUCUUUGUGGUCAGACCAUGAAACACAAGCCAGACUCAUGUACACAAAUUCUUAUGAUGACGAAGAACUGGAGAUGUUUGGCAUUAGACAAGAAGUGUAUGACUUAGUGGAAAGACUAACCAUGACAGCUGAUGAUGAAAGGGCCCCGAUCGUUCAAAUUGCUGGUGAGAUGGGUUCAGGCAAGACUACUUUGGCUCGUGCUGUAUACAGAAGUAGGAAAAUCAAAAAUCAUUUCGAGUCUGGAUGCGCAUGGGUCACCAUUCCAAAAGAGUAUAAUAAAUCAGAUGUAUUGCAGAACUUGCUAAAACAGGUGGGGGAUUCCAAGGACUCUGUGGAUCUAACUCCCAAUGAGCUGGAAACUAGACUUUUGGAGUGCUUAAAUGGAAAAAACUACUUGAUUGUGUUGGAUGACGUACAGAGUGAGCAGAUGUGGGAAGGCCUGAGAUCUGUUUUCUUAGACAGUCGAAAUGGAAGUACACUACUUCUCAUCACCACCAGUGUUAGUCCGAUGUGGUAUGUAUCUCCUCCGAAUUGUAUCCAUAAGGUGAAAAAGCUAAGUGAUAACUAUAGCUGGAACUUGUUCAUGAAGAAAGCUGGUUGGGAUACUUGGGAGGAAGGAAAUGAACAUCAAGAUUUGAAGCAGCGAGUUCUGAAGGUCUGCGGUGGCCUCCCCCUGAAUACUGUCCUUCUUGGCAGCAUGUUGUCGAUCAAGGGAGAUACCAAUCACUUUGAUUAUCUUCAAAAGAUACUGUGCACAAACCGGGAAACGAAGGACAUUGUAUCCCUUAGCUAUAUGAAUCUGCCUGACCAUUUGAAACUGUGUACUCUACCUGGUGCUAUUCCCUAAAGAGUACGAC